AGUGAGAACGAGCAGGAGCGUUUUCUCAAAAGAAUAUCUAGUGAUAACACAGCACGUGUUUGUGUAACACAAUACUUCCUCAAAUAACUGACUACUCAAGUUGGAGCUUCUGCGCAUGGCAGGCUUAUCCAAUGUGACGACACACCUGUCCACACACCCCCUACCUAUGAUCAGACCAGAGACCAUCAUACUAGCCUACUAAACUUUGCCUUAUCUUUCCACAUAAUCAAACCGUGAGGGUGUCAGUCUAGGAUGAGUUAACAUGGUGAAAGGAUACCAAAGAAAAAGGCGUAGAGGGCGCCCAGUGCAGGGGGCAGUGCCAAAAGCUGCACAGCAUGUUGUGUCGCAUAAGAAAAGAAAAAUGGACACAGCCAAGGACUUCAGCACCAAUUAUCACACAAUUACCCACCUCUGUGACCACAUCUCAGUGCAUGAAAUUCAAGCAGUGGAGGCAAAUCCUACCUACAGAGAAGGCCAUGCUGCAGAAAGGCUAGAGUUGAGUGGUGAUCUGGAAAAGGAACUGGCCUCCUGCAUUUUCACUGCCGCCAGUAAUUACUUUGGUCUUUCUCCAGAGAAAGCCAGGCGAUUGGCUUACCAGUUUGCAGUGAAACACCAGCAACCGGUGCCUUCAUCAUGGCAGAAGGACAAGCUGGCGAGUGAAGACUGGCUCUCUGCUUUCCUAAAGCAGCACCCCACCCUGCCCAUGAGCAGCUCUCAUGCUAGUGCACUAGGUGGGUCAUGUGGCUUCAACAAAAACAAUGUUCACCUGUUUUUCCGGAACCUGGAUGAUGUGCUGAAGAGACAUCGCUUUGGACCCGAAGCUAUGUGGUACAUGGAUGAAACUGGGGUCACCGAAGGCGAAAAACCGCUCAGGGUGGGAACGAGGAGGGACUUCCAGAAGGAGGCGGCCAUAACCUCUGCUGAGCAGCGUUGCCUGGUUACCGUGGCGUGUUCCAUCUCUGCUACUGGGAUCGCAAUUCCACCUUACUUUGUUUUCCCGAGAAAAACAUUUAGGCAGGAUCUUCUCACAUCUGCCCCUGUCGACAGUGGUGGGGGUUGGCUGCAGGAGGAACAAUUUCUUGACUUCCUGAGGCAUUUUGUGCGACAUUCAAAAUGUUCCCCUGAGAAGCCUUGUGUCCUACUGACAGACAAUCAUGGGUCAUACCUGUCCAUUGAAACCCUUCAUUUUGCUAUAGGAAAUGGCAUCGUGUGGAUGCCAUUUCCCCCAGACAGCCCCCACCUGUUGCUUCCCAUGGAGAGGUAUGUCUAUGGGCCCAUUAAAACACACAUAAACGCAGCCAUUGAUGGCUGGCUACUUGCUAGUCCUCGAAAAAACAAUGACACUUCAUGAUAUCACAGGAAUCAUUAGCAGAGUUAUGCCUCUGGCCACGGCCUCAAAUAACAUCAUGGACGGCUUUAAGGCCUGUGCUGUCUUCCCGCUGAAUCCUGACAUUUUCACUGAUUCUUACGGUGAACCCGCGUCCAUCCACAAUGGUGGUGGGUGCAGCCAUGACACUCAAAACCACACGUGCAUUGCUGUAGCUCAAGAUGGGCAAGGCAGCACCAGCAGCACUCAUGAUCUGCAAGACCUUUAUCAUUCCCCAGACAUUUCAGUACGGUCUCACAUUCCUAUUCCGGGCCUUUCAACUGCAGGGAAUGGCCAGACAACGGGUCAUCUCAACUCUCCAGAAUCAUCAGACGAAGAUGAAGGUUUCUGCCAGAUGUGUAGGGAGCCUUUUCCACACAGUAACUCGGAGGUGGUGUGCCUCCAGUGUGCGUUGUGCAGAAGGUGGGGGCAGGGCAAUGACGUGGACCUCUCUCUCGUUAUCUCCCCUGUCAGCGAACCACUGGAUGAUCUUGAAGCAGCUCACAAUACUGAGGGUGCCGCCCAUGAUUUCAGUGAUUUGUCACCUACACGCAGCAUCCAAAACCACUCCCACUCCCUGACUGCAGAUCACUUCAGUACGACUUCUGUGACCCAGCUGCAGAAUGUUCUGGAACCUGUCCACACUUCUGAACUUGCCACUCAUGAUAUCAAUGACGACACUCAUGAUUUACAUGACCACGCCACCACAGGCUCGGCACCGACCCACAGUGAUCAGAACCACAUCGACUCUGCGUCAGAUCCCACCGAGAGUGUAGAGAGCGGCCCUGACCACAUCGCCUCAGCAUGCACCACUGGAACGCCACACCACCCCAACAACACUAUAGUGUCCAGCCAUACUGUUGACAACCACGCCCACAAAGACUUGGCACCCAUCCUCAAUGAUCAAGACCACAUAAUAAAAGACUUGGCACCCAUUGUAAAUGAUCAAUACCACACACUAAAAGACUUGGCACGCAUUCUCAAUGAUCAAGACCACAUACUAAAAGACUUGGCACCCAUUGUUAAUGAUCAAGACCACACCCACAAAGAAUUGGCACCCACCACAAAUAUACAAGAACACACCCACAACAAUGUUGUCUCCGCACUCAAUGAACAAGGCCACACCCACAAAUACUUGGCAGCCACUCUAAAUGUUCAAGACCACAUCCACAUUGACUCAGUGCCCAUGCUAAAUGGGCAAGAGCCAAUUCAUGAAACUCAUGAAAAAGAGCAACUCCAUUCUGCUCCAGAUGUUUCAGAAAGUCCGCCGCACAGUCCAACUCCAGAACUGUUGACGCCACCUAGUGGCCAAACGCCAUGUGGUCUCGACUCUCCAGAAUCAUCUGAUGAAGAUGACGGCUUCUGCCAGGUGUGUAGGGAGCCUUUUCCACACAGCAACUCGGAGGUGGUGUGUCUGCAGUGUGUGUUGCGCAGGAAGUGGGGACAGGGUGAUGACGUGGACCUCUCUCUCGUUAUUCCCCCUGUCACUGAGCCACAGGAUGACCUUCAACCUGUCCAAGAUGCAAGAUCUACCACCGACAGUAGCCAGAAGCACAUCCAGGACCCCCAGAUGCACACUCUCAGUGUUUCAUCACCCACUGACAAUGACCAAAACCACUUCCACUGCACACUAGAGCCCACCGGUGAUUUGGAAAACGACCCCAAUCACAGUGUCUCGGCAGUCACUGAUGGGACCCAAAGCCACACCCACAACACAACCAUAUCCACUCAUAAUGUUGAAAACCACAUCCCCAACACAACAGUACCCACUCAUAAUGACUUAAGCCACACCCUCAACACAACAGUACCCACCCAUAAUGAUGAAAGCCACACCCCCAACACAACAGUACCCACUCAUGACAUAAGCCACACCCUCAACACAACAGUACCAACUCAUAAUGACAUAGGCCACACCCUCAACACAACAGUAUCCUCCCAUGGUGUUGAAAACCACACCCCCAGCACAACCAUAUCCACUCAUAAUGAUGAAAGCCAUACCCUUAACACAACACCAUCCACCCACUGUUUUGAAAACCCCACCCAUAAAGACUUGGAGACCACCCAUGGUGUAAAUGGCCACACUCAUUCUGACUCAGUGCCCAGAGUUAACGUACAAGACCACGGCCAUGACGCUCAUGAAGAGAAACAACUUUCCGCUCCAGGUGUUCCAGAACAUCCGCCCAGUCCGACUCCAGGCCCGUCGACAGCUCCAGGUGGUCUCGACUCAGAAUCAUCCGAUGAAGAUGAUGGUUUGUGCCAGGUGUGUAGGGAGCCUUUUGCACACAGCAACUCGGAGGUGGUGUGUCUGCAGUGUGUGUUGCGCAGGAAGUGGGGACAGAGUGGGUUAUAUAUGUAAAAGCAAAGAUUUUUUUCUAAAGUUUUUAAAAUGUCACUUUUUUUAUUACUUCUUUUGUAGCCUGUACUGUUUAUUGACUGUGUUUCCUUUAACAACAUUGAUACAUUACCAGACUGUACUGGAGGUGACAUUUGACACACCAGCCAAUGAAUGUGAAUUAUUUGUAUUGUCAUUUUGAAAGGACCAAUGAAUAGCCUAGUUGCUAAGGCUUUCCAGGCAAAGUUGAACAUUUUGUUGAAGAGUUUCAUUUAGCUAAAUGUUAACAACUUGCUCUUUUGAAUAGUAGACUGCACUGGAACAUAUCAUGUCAACACACAUUCAGGUCAUUUUUUAUGUUCUGCUGGUUAAAACACAAUACGUCAUUUUUUAAGUUGGUAUAUGUUUAAUAUAUUUGUUCACAAAUGGACAGAAUUAAGACAAAUCUCUGUUUUUCCACAAUAUUUCCACA